GCUGCCACACUGGAAAAGAGCAAUGCUUUGUGCUCUAGAAUGGUUCUGAGGAGUAGUUUUCGCUUCAUACCACUGGUUCUGCUUGUUUGGACAGUGCGAGUCGACGGAGAUUGUCGAUAUCGAAACCGCGAAGCUCUUCCUGAGGGAAUCUUCUCACUUUUCGCCGACUCUGGAUGCUACAAGUACACGCAGAAGAAGUUUUUCAUCGACAAUGGGCUCUCAAAGAAUAUCACUUCAUGUUCUAUUAACGGCAAUGCGGUUCCUGGAAUUAUCGUGGAUAGCAGAUGUCAGGUUUUCCACCAUAACAACUCUCUAAUUCAGGAUCUCGUGCAGAAGUCCUUCGUGAGCGAUACCUACUUCCUGCGUUGGCUUCAAUGCUGCGAAGACGCCUUGCAGUGCUGCAGGGAAACUAGUGGAGAAAAUGCUGAAGGGAACCUGGGUCAGUGUCCUGCAGUCUGGGAUGGCUGGACUUGCUACAGCUCUGUAGCUGCAGGAACUGUGGUUGAGAAGCCCUGUCCAACAUACGCCUAUUCAGGGUCAGGACCUCAGUGCACUCAUUACAGCAGAAAAGAGUGCUUCAGCGAUGGAACCUGGAAUGUGAACACAAACUAUUCAACCUGUGCCAUCAACCAACGCUUGAUCACCAGACUUAAAUGGCACUUGGCAAUGCUGGGAAUAUCUCUAGCAUUCUCUCUUCCUGCACUUGUGAUCUUCUUCGCCUAUAAGAGUCUUCAAUCCCUCAAAUUCAUAUUGAUACGCAAUCUAAUCCUUGCCAUUGUCAUCAGGAGUAUUCUUGUGAUCAUGUCCAAGAGAUUGAUAAUCUUUGAUGCUCUGGUCAAUGAGGAAGACACUGUUAUCUCUAAAAACGGGGUUUCUUGUCGUAUUCUAGCGUUCUUUGAGAAACUGGCUGCAAACACAGUGUUCACUUGUAUGCUCUUGGAGGCCAUUCAUCUGCACAGCCUCUUGACCAACAUUUUUGAGCACCGUCGAAGCUUCAAUACCAUCAACAUGAAGUUCUUCUACAUCAGUGGAGGUGCAAUCUCCCUUCUGGCCGCGCUUUCUUGGGCGUUGGCCAUGGCUCUGGCCAAUGAUCAGUACUGCUGGAUGGUCACGGAUGGCACGGACUUCCAGUGGAUCAACGACGCUCCACGUCUUCUCAUGUUAGCCAUUAACUUCGUCCUUCUGAUUCACAUCAUUCGCUGUCUCCGCAAGAUGCUCAGGGAAAAUCCGAACGAGAGUAAUUACUACAUUCAGAGAUUGGCGAAGAUUUCCUUGAUUUGCCUGCCACUGUUUGGAGUGCCGUUUCUCUUCGUGGCCAUCCGUCCAGACACGCAGUCGUGCAUUUGGGAGCAAUUCUACUACUUCGUCUCCUACGCUCUGGAAGGUUUGCAGGGCAUUUUCGUGGCACUCCUUCACUGCUACACGAACAAGGAAGUGCAGUGCACUUUGCGCGAGUCCUGGUGGAAGUUCCGUGAGUAUUUGCCUGAUCACAUUAAAAUGCGGCUGCCGGGCUCAACACAGAAUACUUGGGAUAGUGGGUGCGACCGGCCGAACGCGACACUCAGCAGCAACGUGGAGUAUUCCAGCGGAAAGUCGGCCAUUGUCCAGUCGAAGUGCUCUCCGGACGUCCACAAUUCACGGAGAACCCUCCGCACCACCUCCAUAGACACCCAGAGCACGUGGAGUUACAGAGAUGACGCCGCGUUCGAGAACUUCGAUCUGUCGCCGCAAAGAGAGGCGCCAGAAGCCAAGUUCUCGCCGAGGAUCGGCCGAGACAGUGAGGCAUGAUGUGAAUUAAUCAGGAGU